CCAUGGGACUGCUGCUGCCAGUUUUUCUAGGCUUCCUUGCUGCUCUGAUUGGUGGGCUGUACCUUCUCGGGGUUUUUCGAAAACAGCGUCCGGGAGAACCCCCUUUGGAUAAGGGCCUCAUACCUUGGCUGGGUCAUGUCUUAGAGUUUCGGGGUAACACAUUUAAAUUCCUUGAGAGGAUGAAGCAAAAGCACGGUGAUGUAUUCACAGUACAGUUGGGAGGGUUUUAUAUUACAUUCCUUCAGGAUCCUCUAUCGUUUGGGGCAUUUGUUAAGGAGAGUCGAGAAAAACUAGACUUUAACAAAUUUGCUAAGCAGCUGGUGCACAGAGUGUUUGGUUACUUAGCUAUCAAGGAUGACCACCACACUCUCCAGAUUUUCAGCAACAAGCAUCUUAAGGGGGAUGGCCUGGAAGUAAUGACACAAGCUAUGAUGAGUAAUUUGCAGAACCUGAUGCUGUACAACAUCGACCCAGCUGCCAACCAGAGCAUGUGGAUAGAAGAUGGACUGUUUAUGUACAGCUACAAUAUUCUUUUUAGGGCUGGCUACUUAUCUCUGUAUGGCAAUGUGCCACACAAGUCAGAAGAAAGUGAGGAGAAAGCCAAAGAGAAAGACAGAGUUGAAUCGGAAGCCUUAUUUUACAAGUUCCGUAAAUACGACCAACUCUUCCCCGAUCUCGCUUACGGGAUCCUCCUCCCGGGAGAAAGGCUGGAAGCAAAGAGGCUAAUGGAAUUCUUCUGGAAUGCCCUGUCUGUGCAGAAGAUGAAGGCCAAGGACAACAUUAGUCGCUGGGUGUGGGACAUUCAGCUGACCAAAGAGGAGAUGGGUAUGAAGGAAUCAAUGAUAAACAAGUACAUGUUUGUGCUUCUUUGGGCCUCUCAGGGGAACACGGGGCCCUCUGCAUUCUGGCUGCUCCUCUUCCUCAUGAAACAUCCAGAAGCCAUGACAGCAGUGAGGGAAGAGGUAAAUAAGGUUCUGAAGGAAUCAGGGCAGGAAGUCCGACGUGGGGGCCCUUUAGUCAACCUCACCCGUGAAAUGCUGAUGAGAACACCCAUCCUGGACAGUGCCAUAGAAGAGACCCUCCGACUCACUGCUGCACCCCUCCUCACCAGAGCUGUGGUUCAGGAUAUGACCCUCAAGAUGGCUGAUGGCCGUGAAUACUUCAUUCGCCAGGGUGACAGAAUGGCGAUGUUUCCUUACACUGCUGUUCACAUUGACCCAGAGAUCCACCCUGACCCCCAUUCAUUCAAGUAUGACCGUUUUCUGAAUCCAGACGGGAGCAAGAAAACCGAUUUUUAUAAAGCAGGGAAGAAAGUGAAGUAUUACAACAUGCCCUGGGGUGCUGGAGUCUCCAUGUGUCCUGGGCGUUUCUUUGCCACCAAUGAGCUGAAACAGUUUGCUUUCCUCAUGUUGGUCUACUUUGAGUUUGAGCUGCAGAAUCCUGAUGAGAAGAUACCUGAAAUUGACAUCAGGCGAUGGGGCUUUGGAUCCAUGCAGCCCGACAGAGAUGUUUGGUUUCGAUACAGAGUCAGAUUUUAAACCCACCAAUCCUUUUUACAUUUAUGACAAAACAUUUUCUAAUCUGGCUAAUCUCUUUAAGCUUUCAUUUGAAGAUUAUGUUUCUAGGAAACAUGAAAAUCUACAAUGAAGUUUUAGUUUUAAUUUCAUACCGAUUAUAUGAUUUGAUAGGAGUGUACUAUACACAAAUACACUACUAGUUUUCUAACCAUAAUAAACUGCUUUAUAGCCUCUUAAAAUGAUGUAUGUCUGUUCUUAGAUCUUUUUCCAAACUGUUGCUUUUGCUUUUACUUGAGUAAAUAUCAAAAGAUCAUAUUACAUGAUGCCAGGGCCUAUUGAUUUCUUGAGAGUGGAGUAAAAAGCAAAGCACAUUCACCUUGACCAGAUAAACCUAUGAACUUUAUUGUUUUACAGUAAUUGCUCAAUAACCUGUGACUGAAAUUCUUUUUUAGUACCAGAAAGUACUCAGAAGCUCACUAUCAUUCUACUGAAGCAACUCUGCAAUUUUACAUGAGCCUAGGUGGCGUAAUCCAUUUGCAAAAUCUUUAAUUUUGGAGGGUUAAACUCUAAUUAUAUGCUGUAUUUUACCUUUAAAUGCAGUUUAAUGCCUUGAAACGUGUUAAUUUGUGACACAAUUACGCCCAUUUCUGAGACAGUUUCUGUAUUUUGUAUCAAGGUUUCCAAGCCUCAUAUUUGUCACAGAUAUUUGUGAUUAAUAUAUUAGCCAUCACAAAUAAUCACUGUGUUGUGGGUUUAUCCCCAUAUUCUUAAGAGAUUACACAGCUUGUAAAUUUGGUGAUUAAUAAGUGUUUUCACAUUCUGGUAUCAGUUGAGAAAAAAUUUCAAUACAUGCCUUAAAAUCACUAUCACAGCCCACAAGGAUAAAUGAGUCACACUGUCAAUGUUUACUCAGACAGCUGCUUUGAUUUGUGUUCAAACAAAGGUUUUUCAUUAUUUUUUACUUUUUAAAUCUUGAUAUAUUACACUCAGUGGCCGGAAAAACCAAAAACCUUGUAUAAUUUAAUAUAAUUCACCACAACAAACCUGCAAUAUAGACUUUCUCAAACUUAUACUAAAUAGUGUCAGAGCGUUGUUUUUUUCAACACUUCUGUUGCAAACUUUGCUUAGAUUUGAAACAUAUUCAUUUGAAAUGUUAACUAACUAUCUAAAAGCAGGCAAAAGUACAACAUCUGCCAUGCCAGGGCAGCAGUGGCAUACAGAUUAGAGAAGAGGAAAGAGAAGAAAAUGUUGGUUACAAAUUUCGAAAUUUCCACCCCCAUAGCAGCUUGAAUCAUUCACAAAUUAACAUUUGUGAAUUGAAACAUGUUGAAUGUCAACAUGUUACACAUGGUAACCAUCAUUUUCAGUUCAUUUUCAGUUCCAUACUCUUCUCUUCCGAUCAUUGUGGUAAAAGAAAAUCUUUGAUCAUCUGUCCACAGAUUCUUGUUCAAGAACUGUGCAGGCUUUUUAAAAUAUUUUCUGGUAAAGUCUAAUGUGGCCUUUCUUUUCUAGAGUGUUACUAGUGGUGUGCAUCCUGUGGUAAACCCUCUGUAUUUACAUUCAUGAAGGCAUCUCA